AUGUCCAGUAUGGUGCCGUUGGAUGGAGAUGGGGAUGGAUUGAUGCGUAUGGGCUACCAACCCGCCGGGCAAGUGCUGGUUGCCAUUUUUGGAAACUCGCCUACUCAACCUCCGCCAAUCAGUCCUCCCCUGCUCAAACCACAUUUUGGGAACCCUCUUUCACCUCUUUACUCUUCAACAAGUAUAGAAAAUGUUGGGAUAUAA